AUGGGGAAUUCUGCGAGUAGCACGGCACGCGCUGCUCGGAAGGGUCCGUUCAGUGACGAGGAGUACGAGUGUUUGAACGGGAAGUUCAAUGAAUUGAUCGCGUCGGCGUCGUCCGAAGCUGCAGUGGUCACCAACUUGCAGACGUGGCUCGAGCUGUCUCCACCUGCUGCAGCUCCAGAAGAGUUGACGGCUCCGUGCUUUCGAUUGGGCUCGGCCUUUUAUCGUUUGUGCUUGGAAGCUAACGAGAACGACGAGAUGGAUGGAGACCGGCCGAAAAGUUUGCUCAUGGAAGACUUUGCACGAGCAGUCGCACAUUGUGUGCGGGCGUCGUCGCAAUCAAUCUGCCGAUCGCUCUUCCGUCUGUUUGCCGAGAACGCUCGUGCUGGUGCUAUGACAGAGCAAGGAUUGAGUCAGCUGCUGUUUGCCUGCCUUGUUAUGGCAGGAGGCAAGGACGCUGACGAUGCGGAUCGUAUCGCACAUGUGGCAAAGUCACUCGGUCGUGCCGCCAUGCCACCAACUCAUACCGAGGCGACGAACGACGAUUUUGUCCGAUGGAUUGGAGCUCAGUUUCCUCUUCUCUACACGGUCUUCAUGUCAUGGAUGUCGCGUAAGAGCUUCGGGACGAUCUUGACUAAAGCGCCGUACGAAUUGCCCCGAUUGUCGCACCAAAGCGGCAUAUUGGCCAGGUCGCAUUUCGUGGCGUUGUCGACCGUCACGACGUCAAUGCAGACAUCGCUUAGUCGAUUAUACACAAGUGCACAGGACGGGUUGAGUUUCAAUCGUCUAAGCUACCACAUCCUAGGGUAUUCUGGCCCAACCCUGACGGUCAUCCGUGAUACGCAGGGAGCUGUGUUUGGCAUGUUCUGUGAUACUGAGUGGAAGGAGUCGAGUCGCUACUAUGGAGGCAAUGGAUGCUUUCUCUGUCGAAUGGAGCCUGACAUUAGCAUCUACCGUGUGUCUGCGAGUGGCUCGAACAAAAACUACAUGUACCUGAACUCGAAGGGUGUCGCGCUCCCACGUGGACUCGGCAUCGGAGGAUCAACUGAGAAGUUUCGGUUGUUUUUGGGCGAAGACCUGGACGAGCAUAGCUACACAACUCCGAAAGACUUGUCGUUCGAAUCAGGUCGGUUAUCGUCCAGCGAGCAGUUUUCAGUUGAGGCCAUCGAAGUGUGGGGCUGCGGGGGAGAAGAAAGCAAAGAGGGCCAAAAGACGCACCGUCAGGAGACAGCUGACCUGAUCAGCCGGGCAAGGAAGGUCGAUAAGGCUCAGUUCGUCGGAAGUGACUUCGAUAAAGAAAUGUUUUUGGGGAAAACAUUUGGGCACGGAACGGACAGAGCUCGUGUUGCCGACGACGAGCCAUAA